AUGUCCAAGCGCUGGCAGGACGAUUCUGUGGCCGAGUGCCAGGCGAGUGGAAUGGCCGCAUUCAAAGCUGCUGUCUGUUGUUGUGGAUGCUGUACACCGAAAAGGAAGAAAGCGGGUUGUUUAAAUAUUGUUAAAAAGAGUGCACCGCCCACGCUAUCAAGUCGCUCUCAUACCCGUAAUUCUUGUACUCAACUCUCAAUACCACCUACUUCAUCCAGUCGUUCAAAUGUCACCUACUUACGCACUUUAACUCUCGGUACCACCAGCCCCACAUUGUCACGCUCACCCAUACCAUCCACUCACGGGCGUUCCUCUCAGAACCCUUCACUCCAUCCACUCACGGCCGUUACUCUCAAAACCAUUCACUCCAUCCACUCACGGCCGUUACUCUCAAAACCAUUCACUCCAUCCACUCACGGCCGUUACUCUCAAAACCAUUCACUCCAUCCACACACGGCCGUUACUCUCAAAACCAUUCACUCCAUCCACUCACGGCCGUUCCUCUCAAAACCAUUCACUCCAUCCACUCGCGUUCCUCUCAAAACCAUUCACUCCAUCCACUCACGGCCGUUCCUCUCAAAACCAUUCACUCCAUCCACUCGCGGCCGUUCCUCUCAAAACCAUUCACUCCAUCCACUCGCGGCCGUUCCUUUCAAAACCAUUCACUCCAUCCACUCAUGGCUGUUACUCUCAAAACCAUUCACUCCAUCCACUCAUGGCUGUUAUUCUCAAAACCAUUCACUCCAUCCACUCACGGCCGUUCCUCUCAAAACCAUUCACCCCAUCCACUCACGGCGUUCCUCUCAAAACCAUUCACCCCAUCCACUCACGGCCGUUCCUCUCAAAACCAUUCACUCCAUCCACUCACGGCCGUUCCUCUCAAAACCAUUCACUCCAUCCACUCACGGCCGUUCCUCUCAAAACCAUUCACUUCAUCACUCCCGCCCGUACUCUCAAAACAUUCACUCCAUCCACUCACGGGCCGUUACUCUCAAAACCAUUCUCUCCAUCCACUCACGGCCAUACUCUCAAAAAACCAUUCACCCCAUCCACUCGCGGCCCGUGACUCUCAAAAAAACCAUUUCACCCCAUCCACUCACCCCCCCUGCCCGUUCCUCUCAAAACCAUUUCACUCAAUUCCACUCACGGGACGUUCUCUCCAAAACAUUCACUCCAUCCACUCACGGCCAUUCCCUCUCAAAACCAUUCACUCCAUUCCACUCACGGACGUUCUUCCAAAACCAUCACUCCAUCCACUCGAACGGCCUAUUCCUCUCAAAACCAUUAACUCCAAUCCACUCACGGCCAUCCUCUCAAAAACCAUUCCUCCAUCCACUCACGACGCCCCAUUCCUUCCCCAAAACCAUUCAAUCAUGGAAGUCCUCUCCCCCCAAACCGUCAUUCAAUCCACUCCGGCCGUUCCUCUCAAAAAAACGUUUAAUUCCCAUCCACUCUCGGCCGUCCUCUCAAAACCAUUACUCCAUCCACCACGGCCGUUCCCUCCAAACAAACCAUUCUCCACCACUCACGGCCAUUCCUCUCAAACCAUCACUCCCUCCACUCCACGGCCAUUCUCUCAAAAACCAUUCCCUCCAUCCCACUCCACGCGUUCCUCUCACCAUUCACUUCCAAAAAUUGGCCGUUCCUCCUCAAAAACCGUUUCAUUCCAUCCCACUCACGGCUUCCUCUCAAAAAGGCCGUUCCUUCCAUUUCCCUCCAUCGCCUUCCUUCUUCACCAUCACUUCCAUCACUCACGGCCGUUCUCUCAAAACCAUUCACCUUCCAUCCCACCUCACGGCCGUUAUAAAACUCUCACCAGGGGGUCCACUCACGGCCCCGGGUUCCUUCUCCACUUCAUUCCAUCCACUCAUCCUGCCGAAAAUUUUCCCUCUCACCGGCAUCCCGUCCACCCUUACGCCGUUCCUCUCCAAAAAACCGUUCCAAUGUCCAAAAUUCCCUCACGGCCCGUUAAACUCUCAAAACCAUUCACCUCCAUCCACUCACGGCGUUCCUCUCAAAAACCAUUCACCCCAUCCACUCCCGGGGCGUUGCCUCUCAAAACCGCAUUCCACUCCAAUCCACUCACAAGGGUCCGUUGUCCUCUCAAAACCAUUCGAACUUCCAUUCCACUCCACCUGGCCGUUACUCUCAAACCAUUCACUCUAUCCACUCACCGGCCGUUACUCUCAAAACCAUUCAUCUAUGCCCUCCAAAACCUUCCGUUUACCUUCUCCACCAUUCCACUCCAUCCACCUCACAGCCGUUCCUCUCCUCAAGAACAUCACUCCAUCCACUCACAAGCCGUUCCUCUCAAAACCAUUCACCCCAUCCACUCACGCCGUUCCUCUUCACCAUUCAGGUUCCUCUUCAAAACCAUUACUCCAUCCACACGGGCGGGUUCCUCUUCCAAAACCAUUCACCCGACCACUCAAAACCGGGGUGCCUCUAAAACCUUCACCCCUCCAUCCCCGCUCACGCCGUUCCUCUCCUCAAAGACCUUCACUUCCAUCACUCACAGCCGUUCCUCUCAAAACCCAUUCCCACCCAUCACGUCCACGCCGUUCCUCUCAAAACCAUUUAUCCAUCCACACAAGGCGUUCCUCUCAAAACAAUUCCACCCCAUCCACUAACGGCCGUUUCCUGUCAAAACCAUUCAAAACCACAUUUCCACUCCACGGGCGUUCCUCUCAAAACACAUCAACCACAGGGCCACUAACAGCCGUUCCUCUCAAAAGUACCAUUUCGCUCCAUCCAAUCCACGGGAGUUCCUCUCAAAAACCAUUCACCCGGUCCGCUUUCACGGGCUUUCCUCUCAAAACCUUUCACGCCAUUCCACUAACGGGCUUCUCUCAAAAACCAUUCCACCUCAUCCGGCUCACUGGCCGGUUACUCUCAAAACCAUUCACGUCCCUAUCCACUCAGGCCGGUCCUACUCUCAAAACCAUUUCACCCCAUUCCACCCGGCCGUUCCUCUCAAAACCAUUGCACUCCAUCCACUCAUGGGCGGGGUUCCUCUCAAAAAACCAUUCACUCCCAUCCACUCCAGCCAGUGUCCUUCUCAAGACCAUUGCACUCCAUCCACUCACGUAG